AUGCCGAAAGAACCAAGGCUGGCGGUGUUGGUGGUUUCCAUUACCAUUUGUGUCCUGGCGACCACCUUCGUCGCCCUUCGUUUCUACUCCAAAAGCGUGAUAGGCAAGAAGUUUCAGCACCACGAUUACUGGAGCCUGCUCGCCUUGAUCAUCGAUUUUGCCUUCUCAUUCUCCUUAUUCUACGCAACAGCAAAGGGCCUCGGACUUCCUGCAGCCGACAUAAAGCCAGAGAACCGACGUAGCAUCAUUCAGGCUACCUUUACAUUCACCGUUCUUUAUUGUCGUCCAGUGGGCUCUGUCCUGCAGCCAACCCUGCCGGCCACGGCGUCCUGUACCAGUGUGAUCACACUCUAUUUGUCCAGCGCGCCAGUGAAUAUAAUCACUGAUAUUGCUAUUCUCUUCCUCCCGAUGCCUAUUCUGACCGAAAUGCACCUGCCGCGGAGGCAGAAAAUCAUCUUGAUGAUCACGUUCGGCUUCGGCUUCUUUGUAACAGUCGUCGACGUGAUCCGAAUUGUGUACCUCCAGCGUGCUCUGACAGAGACCAAGCUAACAUCUCAGUCGACGUCUAUCCAUAGCGGCUCUCUGAUCAGCAUUUCAUCUUACGCUGCAUUGUCAUUCAUGUGGUCUGUAGUGGAGGUCAAUAUGUCUGUCAUCUGCAGUUGUGUCCCAGUCCUCAAGCCACUCUUUGCGCGAAUCAUGCCGCGGAUGAUCGGCGUCAGCGGCAAGAGGCUCGGGAGGACGACUGGUGCUGAAACUCGUCCCGACGAGGUAUCGGCCGUUGGAUAUUCUACGAAUAUUCGCCUGACCGCUACCGACCAGGUAAACAAUUCAGGACCGCGCGGUGAUCAAGCCGGCUCAUCGGAUGAGGUUGGGAGUGAUGAUAGCGCAGAUCGUGCUGUGCUGAGGCGCCUUGAAUUGAGUGGAGUCCGCUCAGUGGAGUCCCACGCCGGCGCCGGUUUUAUUGAGUUUGUACGCAUGAAGAAGCCAAAGAACAUGCUGAAACUCAACAACAGACAAUCUCUAGCGCCUAUAGCCAUUAUCACAGUCGUGUUCUGGCUCUGGGGAUUCUCAUACGGCCUUCUCGGUAAUUUGGGUAACCAUCUUCAGGCUGUUCUCGGACUCGACGCCUGGCAGUCCCUCGGCAUCCAUGCGGCAUACUUCAGUGGCUACCUCCUUAGCCCAGUAACGCUUGGUCGCUGGGUUUUGAAGGGAUGGGGAUACAAGGCUACAUUGAUUACAGGCUUAUCCGUGUACGCGUGUGGGACAUUGAUCUUCUGGCCGUCUGCCGUUCUGUCGUCAUUUCCGGCUUUCAUCGUCUCCAAUGUCAUCAUCGGUGGGGGGUUGGGAGUCUUAGAAACCGCAGCCAAUUCCUUCAUCGCCUUAUGCGGGCCACAUGAGAACGCCGAAAUUCGCUUGAAUAUCUCGCAGGGCAUCCAGGCUAUCGCAUCAGUCGUUUCGCCACUACUCUCCGAGGAAGUCCUUUUCAAGAACGUGACAAAUGUCUCGGCUCUAAUCAAUGCACAGUGGACAUAUCUGAGUAUUGCAUUUUUCGACCUACUUUUAGCUGCAACACUGUACUACCUACCUAUUCCAGAAGCACCUGACGACGAUCUUGAACAGAUAGCAAUGCGCUGUCGAGGAGACGGAUCGAGCAAAGUCGUGGGGGUUCCAGUCAUCUGGCUGACUCUGGCCUUGGGAGUGGGCUCACUAUACCUCUAUGUAGCCGGCCAGGAGGUUCUAGCAACAAGCUUUGAGUCUUUUGUGGUGACGUCUCUUCCUAGUUCGAACCUUACAUCCUUUGACUAUGUAACCAUUGGUCACACAGUAUUUGCUGUUGGCCGUUUUCUGACUGCUUUGGCACUAUGGUUCCUGAAGCCUCGCUGGAUUCUGAUGAUAGCGUACGCUGGUAUGGUGAUUUUCUCCACUCUCUGCCUGAAGACGUCUGGCUUGACGGCGGUGGCCAUGGGCCUGAUGAUCUACCUAUUCGAGAGUGGUGCCUUCAGCACCCUGUUUGCCAUAUGUCUGCAUGGUAUGGGAAAACACACAAAAACAGCUGCCUCUCUUCUGGCAGCCGCUAUCGGCGGUGGGGCGUUUCUCCCUUUUCUCCAGCAUGCAGUGUCCACGUCUCAUGGGGUGUCCUUCUCCUACUGCGUCCUUGUCGCUAUCUUCAGUACUGGGGCAAUCUUUCCGUUGUAUUUGAACCUUGUACCUGCUGCUAAAAGACAGGUUGAUCCAGUGGCGCAGACCUACCAGAACAGUCAUCAGCAAGCGAGCCCCGUCGAGGCAGAUAUGUCCCAUGGGGGACGAGAAUCGCACUGUUCCGGUGGGAUUCUGCUGAGUUAA